AUGCAGGUCAAAGUAUUCGUAGAAGAAACCUUUCGAAAAGGUGUGAAGGGAUUGAUAAUAGAGUUUAAAUCUAUGAAACGCAUGAAUGACUUCACGAAAAUGCAAGAGUUCCUCGCACAAAAUCCUCAAGGAAGAAAUAGAUAUAAGGACGUUGGAUGCUUGGAUAAAGACCGUGUUGUUUUGCAUAUUGGCCCUGUAUCGUAUAUUCAUGCAAAUUAUGUAUCCUCCCCAACCAAUCCAAAACGGUUCAUCUGUACUCAGGCACCUCUCCCGAAAACCUGUCCCGAAUUCUGGUAUAUGGUCGUACAAGAAAAAUCUGUGGCUAUUCUGAUGCUCUGUAAUUUUAUAGAACAAAAUGCAAAGAAAUGUGCGGAGUACUUCCCUGUAGAGGAAGAUAAGCCACUAAAUUUUGAGGGUGUUAUCGUUGAAUUGAAAAAGCAAGAGCCGUUCCCAUUUCCAUUCAAAACUCACGUACAUAUACUCGUUCGCACUUUGGAGGUUAGUGCACCUGGACAGCCUGUGCACACCUGUUUACAUUACCACUGGCAAGAUUGGCCUGAUCGUGGCGUACCGGAAGCAGACUUAGCACCGAUAGUUCUUCUGGCUAAAUUGAAGGAAAACACGUAA